AUUCAAUCUUGGAUCUAAUCACAUCUUUGAUACAUGUAUAAAAAUCUAUUUUAUUGAAGAAGAAACAUGUAGAUCUGAAGCAAUUGAAGAGUCAAGGGUUUCCAUGGUCUUUUUCAAGUUAAAAUUGUUGAAUCCAAACACAAGUUAUAGCAGAUCGAUUUGCUUAUAUUCUAGGAUGUUCAUCUUUCUUAACUACUGUGAAAGCAAGUUGGGUCUUUCUUUUGGUGAAGCUUUAGCUAUACACAAGGAACCAUUAUUUGGGGCUCACAAGUGUACAACUCCAAAUUUAUCUCCAAAUGUUGAAGCUGAUGGGCGUGCAUCUAAAUUUGUAGAGAAUAUUAUAAAACAAGUCCUACAAGAGGUCAACCAGACACCUCUAGAUGUUGGAGAUACUCGUGUCGAAGAUAUAAAGUUAUUGCGAGAUGAUAUUGAUCAACUUCACAUGGUUGGCAUUGGUGGAAUAGGAAAAGCAUAUUUGGCAUAAAGGUAUCUACAACCGAAUAUUUUGAGAAUAAUUACUUCCUUUCUGACAUUAGAUCAAAAGCGGAAGCUUAUAAUGCUCUAGUCAAGCUACAAGAGAAACUUCUUCAUCAAAUUCUCAAAACGAAGGAUAAUUUAAUUGUUCUUGAUGACGUGGAUCAUAUAAGCCAAUUAGAAUCCUUAACAAGAGAAAGAAGUUGGUUUGGUUCGGGUUGUUUAAUUAUCAUUACAAUCCAACACAAACAUUUGAUAUGUAGGCUCAAAGCAAAGACUAAUUGGUUGUUGGAUAUUUUAAAAUUUUUAAAAAAUCUUGGAUUUCAAGGAAAGAAGAGUUAAUAUUGGGAGAAGUAGUGACGAAGCAUAAUGAAAACUCCCACAACAAAGAGACGAUUGCAACUUCUUCCCAUAGCUAU